CCUAUUUCAACACCAAACACACCAAAAAUGCCCACCCAAAAAACCCACCCCGUCAUCCACCACCGCCAAGCCAUAACCUCCCUCCCACCCGAAUCAUUCCCCAACCCCGCCCACGGCCACCUAACAUGGCGCACUCUCCUCUCCUCCCCUCAAACACCGACUUCCGACAUGUGCGCCGGUUUAGCAGUCUGUCCACCCCGCACAGGCCAUCUUUGUCGCCACCGGCACACCCAAGCGGAGAUAUACUACAUUACUUCGGGAUCGGGGCAUGUAUUUAUCGAUGGAAACGAGUAUGAGGUUUUUGCGGGCACGGUCGUGUUUAUUCCCGGGGAUGCUGAACAUGGGGUUGUUAAUCUGGGUGGGGAGCCGUUGGAGUGGUUUUAUAUCUUUCCGACGGGGUCGUUUGGGGAUGUGGUUUAUCGAUUUGAGAGGGUAUGGGGGUGAAGGAGGGGGAGGGGAAGGUGAGGGCUAAGAUAUAGGUGUCAGUUUGGGAUAUGGUCUGCUUUAUGGAGCUGGGGAGAUGGCUCGUGACAGUUGAGAAGCCUGGGUGGUCUAUAGUUAAUAUUGUGGGUAGUUUUCGUGCGCUGGCUUACAGAAGCCAGUCAUCACUGGUAGUGUCGAGAAUCAGAC